CAUCCCUAAUACCAAAGGUUUCAGUAUCCGAGCUCCUCUUCAAUCAUGGCGGUUUAUUAGAGGCUAAUUUUGGAUCUUCGUCUUGUCCGACUCAACUGCUCCACCACCAAGUCUCCUCCCAUUUUCUUUUUCUGCUUUUAUCGAGGCAUCUUUCAAGGAUGACACACUCGGCCUCCUUCUCCAGGCUCCAAAUAAUCACGGUGGCUUUAGCAGCGUCGACGAUAUUGUUCUUCUUUGGUGUCGUUUCGAUGCCUGUGCUUCUCUCAGGCAUGAGGAUCAGGAGCUCCGACGGUAACAACGCCACGCUCACUCUACCGCAUCGCAUGCUUCUUCAUCGUGGAAUGGUGAAACCGAACCGAAUAAGGGGAGACAAGUGUAGCAGGUCGGACAUUGUGGUGAAUCAAGGCCCCACACCCCCACUCCCAAGUGGUAUUCCCACCUAUACUGUUGAGAUCAUGAACGUCUGCGUCAGUGGUUGUGACAUCUCCAGCAUUCAUUUGAGCUGUGGCUGGUUUAGCUCUGCCCGCCUUAUCAACCCCAAGAUCUUCAGGAGGCUUCGCUACAACGAAUGCCUCGUCAAUGACGGCAAGCCCUUGGCUAAUGGUCGAACCCUUUCUUUCCAGUAUGCCAAUACAUUCCCCUAUCCUCUCUCUGUCUCCUCCGUCGUCUGCGAUUGACGCAUGGUUUUUCCUUACCAACUCACUACUACGUACGUACGUACGUAUAGCAGCGCACUCGUAAACACUCGUGCAAUGCCCACCCUCCAAAGCAGCACUUAAAAUCGGUGAUUAAUACCAAAAAUACUAGGAUAAAUUCCCAUUUUCGUUUCAGUGGUUCUGCUUUGGCUUUAUAAGUUUUCCUUUUUUUGUUGUUGGUUUGAGUCUAUAUUCCGGGGACUUCGAACGAUUGAGGGUUUUGUGUUCACUGUAAAGGGUGUCUUCUGAAUUGGGGUUGGAGGGAGAAAGAGAGGAAGGAAAAUUGGUUGGAUAAUGACUGAUAUUUUUUCGGGUUGGAUAGUUGUCUGUCUGUAUAUAUAAUAAAAGUGAUACACAAUAUGGUUGUUACAUUUGUGAAUAUUGGAAGUGUGAUUUGAGGAA